GCCAGUGCGCACCUUUUCCGCGCAUGUCUCGCCAUGAUAUUGUGAAGUGAUGAAUUCAACCGUCUGUGCUGAAAAUAUUUGAUAUUUCGUGUGAAACCUUAACUACGACAUGCAUUCGUUAUCAGAAUUCGGGGCGAAUGUCCCUGCUUUCCUGGCUAAGUUGUGGAAACUAGUGGACGACCCAGAAACGAAUGAAUUGAUAAGUUGGACGGAGGAGGGCACAAGCUUUUACAUCAGAGACCAGGCCCAGUUUGCGAGGAGGCUUCUCCCUAUGUACUACAAGCACAACAAUAUGGCCAGCUUCAUUCGACAGCUAAAUAUGUAUGGUUUUCACAAAAUUGUUUCUGCUGAUGCUGGAAGUCUGCGCCUUGACAAAGAUGAAAUGGAAUUUGCUCACCAAUGUUUCUUAAGAGGUCACCCCUAUCUUCUAGAGCAUAUUAAAAGAAAAGUUGGCAAGUCUCAAAUACUUACUGGGAAGCUGGAUGAUGGAAAAGACACCACUAAUGGAGGAGUUGUUGUAAAAGCAGAGUAUAUGAACAAAAUAUUAUCUGAAGUUAAAAGUAUGCGAGGGAGGCAAGAUUCAGUUGAGAACCGCCUCACAGCAAUGAAGCAAGAGAAUGAGGCUUUGUGGAGAGAGUUGUCCUUACUAAGACAAAAACACCUUAAGCAACAAACUAUUGUAAAUAAGCUCAUCCAAUUUUUAGUAACUUUAGUACAGCCAUCUCAAAGGUUAAACAAGAGAAGAUAUCCUUUGAUGAUCAACAAUGUAGCUCAUCCUAGUGGAAAAUCAAAUAACAAGGACCCUAAUGAUCUUCAGAGGGAGUUAGUUGUAUCAUUACGUGACUCCCUACAUGCCUCUCAGAUUAUGUCGCGGUCCUCAUCAGGACCAACCAUUCAUGAGCUGGAUGAUUCAAUAUUACCGGAUGCCGAAUCAAUAUUGCCUGAGAUUGAUUCUGAUUCCUCUAAUACCAUUACCCUCCAUGUGCCUGGUUCUGAGUUGGCAGAAGUAAUUGAUGCUGGCUUGGAACCUGAAAUCUUGAGUCCUGAUUCAGAAGUUCUGGACCGUCUUCAAGAGCAGACUACAAGUCUUCAUGUGCCCCUGUUGGAGGUAAAUUCUAUUGGGGAAGAGAUGUCAGAGAAAGGUCUUAAAACAACUUCACCUAGUCCUGAAUUACUUCUUGCUGUGCCUCCCACUGAACUGAACCCUUCAAUUGUAGUACCAGGACUUCAUACUGGCAAGGGCAAGCCAACAAUACAAGUUGCUGUUCAAACAGCACCACAAAAGACACUUUCCAGGUCUGCACCAACAAGAUCUGUGUCUACUAGGAGAAGUGUGGCAAAUUCUAGCAAAGUAUUGUCAGGUGGUAGUAAAGCUGGGUCUUAUCAAGACAUGAAGAAUACAGUUGAUGACUCUCAGCCAGCAAUAAAGAAAGAGCCAAGAGUUAUUCCUCCUCGUGGUAGAAAGAGGAAGCAAGGCAACAAGAACUCUGCAUUGGCGUCCCGGAACGAUACUCCAAAAAUUCAGAAUGAACCUGUUGACAUUCUUGCUGAUUUGGGACUUGUUACUGAUUCAACAAACACCAUCAUGUCAGGGUCACCCAACAUUAUCACUGAUGGAUCAAAUGGCUCGAUAUGCGGAUCAGUUGCAUCACCUGUCAAUCAGCUUGUUGCCUUCCCGGAGUCUCCUAUUCCAGUAGCUCACUCACCUGUAUCCUCAUCACCUUCUCAUUGCAGUAUGAUGCAGUCAGUUUCCAUGUCACCUUUAUCAGCUGGUCCUACCAUUACCGAUGUCACUAGUCCGUUGAUUGCACAGUUCCCCUCCAAUACUGCAGCAGAACAGGUAUCUCCACAGCCAUCUCCCGUCAGAAAUCUGUCAUCUCCGUAUGAUAUGACCCUAGCCUGUACGUCACAGGAGGGAACAUCACCAACACCAUCCUUCAAGUCAUCUUUUAAUAGGUGUGACAUCAAUGGAAAAGAUGACCUUGAUCAUCAUGUUGGGGCAAUGGAUGCGGACCUUGGGACGCUGAAAGAUUUUCUAAACAGCAGUGGAAUUCAACUUGAUGCCAACACAUUACUUGGGCUUUUUAACCCUGACGAGUCAAUGAUGCCAGAAGGAGACGGAUCUAGUUUCACCUCUAAAAUGGACGCGUCCGGGAAUGAGCUCAUGUAUUACCAGCCAGACUUUAUGGAUCUAGAAGAAAUCUGGAAUGGUGACAAUGGACGAUCAACACCACCUUCAUCUCCUAUUUUACCAGAAGUAAACACUCCUAUUGUAUUGCCAACAAGUCCAGGAUUUCCAAGUCCUGCUUCUAAGAGACGUAGAAAUUAGACUCCUUCCACCACUUAAGAAGAGGUACUUUGAUAAUUCAUAAUUUGCUUAACAUUUAAUAUUGAUAUUGUUCUGUAAAUCUGUCACGUUUAAGUGAAUUCUAUCGAAUUUUUUUGUGGUAGGAUUUUGUUUUAUUGGGUUUUGUGGAAAUGGUUUAUGUGUUGCUGGUCUAGUAUAAAUAUUUUGUUUUUAAGCAAUCUGACAAAGAGAAGUGUUUGGUACCACAACUGCUAUCUCUUGCAUUUUGACAAGUCAAGAUGACCUUACUGCAUUAAGUCUUUUGGAUAGUGAAAAGAUUGGCUGAGUUAUUCACUGAAGGAUAACCUAUACUCAUUUUAUCAAUAUUUUCAUGCUUGUUUUUGGCUACAGGUUUAUCUGGCUCCUGAUGCACUACUACUGCUUUUAUGAGUAUAUGGGUAGAAUUGAGUAGCACUAAAUUACAUCAUAAAUUGUCUGUAGUGUUUAGACUCAUCUAAUUCCAAUACCUCAAGGUGGAUUAAUUUAGAAGGUAAUUGAAUUUUAUAAUUACUAAUUUAGUGGAUUAAUACCUGUGACUGUAUUGGUUUCUGAAGCGUUCAGAAACCACUUGGCUGUGUAUCUUGAUGGUGUAAUUGAUUAAGUGUGAUGGCUCUUUUCCAGGAGCAAAGGUACUUGUCAUGUGUAAAGUGUGUAGUUAAAGCUUUUCUGUUUCUGUUUUUCUUCUCCUUUUAUCCCUCCAGUUUAAAAUAGGUAAGUCCCAGUCAUUCAUUUCCUUUGUGAAUGUUUUCAUUUUGCCUCAUUCAACCAAAGUACAAAGUCAUUGUUAAUUAUUUUUUCUCCCUUUAUUGAGAUGUUUCUCUAAAGGUUCCUAGUUUUGUGUUACUGUGGAGUUCGGAAUCAAUGUGCAUAGGAGUAUGUAUGAGUUGAUUAUGUGAUGAGAACCUACUGUAUUGUUGAUGUAUUUUUGUAUCUAAUCAUUUAUUAUGAUCAAGAGAUGCAUUUUGAGGAAAUUUAGUUUGUGUUUUCUUAAAUCACAUUUUGUUAGUCCAUAAUCUUCAGUGCAUUAUUUGUUUGAACUAGCAAUAUUCAAGAUGUCCCAUUAAUACGUCACACACAUACUGUUGUCAUUUUCACAAAAACUUGUAAUUUCAUUAUUUUAGAGAACACUGUGUUUUCAUGUUUGUGUCAGUCUUUUUCAUUUGUACAGGAGAACUUUAUUUAUUAAGGUGCCAUUUUGUUAGAUAAGAUAUCUGUAUGUUGACUUCAGAUGCUUGCAUUCAUGAAACAUAGGUAUUUUGUUAUGAUGGAGUUUGCCAAUGGGAGAAAACAUUGUCUGUGGUUGGCUGGCAUUUUCAUUUCUGAGGCCUCCAAAAUAUUUCUUGUUGUAUCUAGAGUUACACAUGUGAAUUCAUUUGUUGGGAAUUAGAUAUCUGUAUCUAGACCAUUGACAUUUGUUGGGCUUUGUCAAGGUUGAUGCAAUUCAAUGACAAAAUUCCUUUGAAGGGUUAGUGAACAAGAGGGGAAGAAGAAAAAUUACAGCCUUUCAGUGUUGGGUUUGCAAAGUAAUUGUUUGGCUUAGCAGCCGUACAGGGAAAGGGGUCUAACAAUAAUUUUUAAUUUUGUAUAAUCUCAGGUUUAUUUUAAGUUUCUUAACCCAAGCCAAAAUAUUUUGAUUUAUAUUGUUUUUCUACAUGUCAGAACACACAAAAUUAAUCAUUGAAAGAAAACUGAAGUCUGAUAUUUUUAACUUCCAUGUGUUGAGAGCACUAACGGUUGCCAGGGUAUAAACAGUUUUGGAUGAAGUACCAAAUGUGCUUUUGGUUAGGACACUGCAGUGUGUUGAGCUGAUAUGAUUCUGUUUUAAUUGGUUGUGAAAGAAAUAAUUUUUUUGGAUGGUUCUAAAGUUUUUCUGCUCAUUGGCUUAAUUUUAUUUAUGUACGUUUUCCUCCAAUACUUCUGCAUUAUGCUUUUGUUUUUAGACAUUUUGACAUUUAACUGGAAGCCAAGGCAUUAUGCAACAUGGGACCUGUAUGAAGUGUACUGUACUGAGUUGUUAAAUGUAUUUUGGUAUACUGUUAUGUAAGAUAAUAAUGUGUUUUAAAUCUAGAAGUUGUUUCUGUCCGUAGUACAGUAAUAGCAUAAAUCCCUUCUGUUCUUUGGCUACACGUGUGUAGCUUAUUUGUGGAUUUUUCUCAUGUUAACAAAUUGUUUGGCUUCCUCUGUAAGCUAUAUAACAAAUGGCACCAAACUUCCCCC